AGAAUAUGUGCUGGAAAAGCACAAAUAUCUCCUUCUUCAGCAGCCUCUGCAUCAGUGUCAGGACUGCACUAAGGCAGCAGUGACGCCCAGUUUGUUGGCUGCUGGUUCAUCAGUGCGGCGCGCGCGGGGAGCGUGAGCGCUUGGAGACGUAGCGCUGCGCGUGGGUCGCUACGAGGGGUGUGUGCGUCCGUGACACUACUCCACUACACCGAUUAAACAUCAUAUAUCAACCUACGGCGGGUCACGGAGCAUCGCAUCACUCACCCUGGAAACCAACGCUCUUAAACGGCAUCCGCGCAGUUGUGCCAUUCAGUCCGUUUGAACGCUCAUUCGCGAAUACACCCUGCUCCGGAGGUGGGUUCUAAUACCGGAAAAUGACACUGACCCAUAGCCGGAGAUAGGGAUGGAUCCAAGAGUGCGGAGGAUGCUCGCCCUGCUCGGUGUGUUUGCAUUCUUGCUGGAGGUGAAUGGUGAUGACAGCUACCUGAAUGCAGUGCAGAAUACAGUUCCUCUGUCCUGCUCUGAGGGCUUCACUGAGCUGGGCUAUUACAACGGCACAGUUUCUCAGACCGACUCGGGUUCACCCUGUCUAAAGUGGACCGAAUUCCCAGAUUACAUGCAGCAGUAUCCGGGCAGGGGUCUUGGAGAGCACAAUUUUUGUCGAAAUCCUGACCGUGAGUCCAACCCAUGGUGUUUUUUCAGGCAGAGUUCAGGGGCCAUUGGUUGGGCCUACUGCGACUGCCAUCAAGGAGCAGUCAGGUUAGCAGGAGGUUCAUCCCCAAAGAGUGGCCGACUGGAGGUCUACCUGAAUGGCCAGUGGGGGUCGGUUUGUGACACACACUGGACAGACCGUGAUGCUAGUGUGGUUUGCCGACUGCUUGGACUGGGUGAGAUUGGCACGGCUCUCCAGCACUCAUAUUUUGGCCCCGGCUCCGGGCUUUUUCACUACGCCCGCCUUGGCUGCCGUGGUGAUGAGAAAUCCCUGCUGGAUUGCAGAAGCAGGAAGUUUGUUACGAGUGACUGUAACCAUGGAAACGAGGCCGUAGUAGUGUGCGCACCACCUGAAGGUAAUGGACCGCCGCUGCGGUUGGUUGGUGGGGAGGAGGACUUUGAGGGACGAGUUGAGGUCUUCCAUAAUGGGCACUGGGGGACCAUUUGCGAUGAUCAGUGGGAUGACAUGGAUGCUGAGGUGGUCUGCAGGCAGCUCGGAUUGGGGGGGAUCCCUAAAGCCUGGUCAUGGGCUCAUUUCGGGCAGGGCAGUGGGCCGAUCCAAUUGGACGCAGUACAGUGCACAGGCAAUGAGCUCUCUCUGGACGAGUGCCGUCACAGCGGAUGGGAACAACACAACUGUGACCAUAUGGAAGACGCUGGGGUGUCAUGCAAUCCCUAUACAGAUGGCGUAGUGAGACUGGUAGACGGUGAUAACCCAUGGGAAGGUCGUCUGGAAGUAUAUCACUCUGGGGACUGGGGCACGGUGUGUGAUGACAGCUGGACGGAGCAGCAUGCACAGGUGGUCUGCAGACAGCUGGGAUUCAGGGGUGGUGCAGAGGUCGCUCCUGCUGGCGCUUUCGGAGAAGGAACAGGGCUGAUUCUGCUUGACGAUGUGGAGUGUGAGGGCAGUGAGAGCUCUUUGCUGGAGUGUAAACAUAGUGUGUGGGGUCGACAUGAUUGCUCUCAUAGCGAAGAUGUUGGAAUACUCUGCCACAGGGUAGAAAACAAUGAGGUCCCACUGGCUCCAGAAAGUACUGGACCUCUGGUACGAUUGGCAGGUGGCGACAAUAGAAAAGAGGGCAGAGUGGAGGUGUUUCUUAAUGGAGAGUGGGGCAGCGUCUGUGAUCAUGGCUGGAAUGAUGUCAAUGCUGCCGUCGUCUGCAGACAGCUCGGAUUCACUGGGGUGUCAAAAGCACGACCGAUGGGUUAUUUCGGAGCAGGGAAGGGGACCAUCCAUCUGACCAACGUGAGGUGCACUGGGAAGGAGUUGCUCCUCGGAGAGUGCCCUUAUAAAGGACAAGACAGCCACGCUUGUAAGCAUGGACAGGAUGCAGGUGUGGUGUGUGAUUAUUUGCCAGAGCCAGAGGCUGACAUAGCAGUGGUGGGCACACACACCUGCGGUUUGAGAGCCGGCGCUGAGAGACGCAGCAAGAGGAUUGUUGGAGGAUAUAAAACUCUCAGGGGUGACUGGCCCUGGCAGGUGUCCCUGUGGCUCAGGUCUCAAUCUAAAGGGAAUCAGCCUCUGUGCGGAGCCACUCUCAUCAACUCCUGCUGGCUGCUCACUGCAGCUCACUGCUUCAAACAGUUUGGAAGUGAUGCUUCACGGUACGUGGUGAAGCUCGGGGAUUAUAACACACGGGAGCAGGAUGAUUUUGAACGUGUCCUCUCUCCAGAGCGCAUCGAAGUGCACAAGAAGUACCGAACAGAGAGCUGGGAGCAUGACGUGGCUCUGAUCCGGCUGAAGGGCGCUGAGGGGAAGUGCGUGUCCUUUAACCCACAUACUAACGCCGUCUGCCUGCCUGCACCUGGAAGCAAGUGGGGCAAGAGACCUGCAUCAUGUGUCAUCACUGGCUGGGGAAUGACAGACACUGAGCAUCUCAGCACUCUUCUUCAGGCCUGGGUACCUCUUCUGCCCUCGUGGCAAUGUAAGAAGCGUUACGGCGAGCGUUUCACUAGCCACGACAUGCUGUGUGCUGGCAGUAUGACGUCUGACCUCAGAAAGCAUGCUGACAGCUGCCAGGGCGACAGUGGGGGUCCGCUAGUGUGUCAGGGCGAGGCAGGGCGCUGGGUACUGACAGGGGUCAUUUCCUGGGGUCACGGCUGCGGUGACCCUUCGUACCCAGGUGUAUAUUCACGGGUCAGCCGCUAUCUGCCCUGGAUCGAACAGGUGACGCACAGCACCGCCCCUCUCCAGCACUGAAGCACAACUCUCUCCGAAAACCACCUGCCCGUCACACUUCAGAGAACCAGGACUCUGUGAAAGGAAAAACAAGAUCCUGAGAGUGUUUGACACCUGCUAUAAGCUUUGAACACCCUGGAUCUUAAUUCCUGUGUAUUCUGUACAGUUCAGUUUUAUGUCUUUAGCAUUUAGAGAUUAGGAUCUUUCCUUACUCGUAGAGUCUGUGAAGGUUGACACUGUAGAAUGACCAGUGUGAUGGUAAAUGGACAGUUUACCUCCAAAUUAAAGUUCUGUCAUCAUUUACCCACACUCUAGUUCCAACCCCAUAUAAACGAUGACGGAAUUUACAUUUUUGGGUGAACUGGCCCUUUAAAAGAGUGUGAUUCUAUUGUGCAUUUAAAAUGUUUAGUGCCAUCCAGAGGCUGCAGUGCAUGUCAAUGUAUGUAUUGUAUUUAAAAGCCAUUCGAUGCAGCUGCCCAGGCCUUCUGCAUGGUAGAGAAUGGUAGCAUAAGCUCUGCAAAAGCAGGUUUAUUUCUUAUUCUGUGGGGCGGAAGAAAACUGAAUGGAUUCCUCUACUAUCCUUAUUCAACAGAAGGCUUGAACUCCUCCACUAAUCUUCAAGGAAACAUUUUCAGUGUUGUGGAUUAGACAAGUAAAAUGAAUCACGUAGGCUUUUAUAGAUAGCAACAGUCGAAGUGAUCUUUAAAGCCAUGUGUCUUCUAGAUGUGUCACACAUCUAAUGCAGUUAGAAGUUUUGAUUUUAAUCAUGUACAGUAAAUCAUGAUAUUUAACACAUUGGUUUACCAAGUAUGCUCUGUAUCAGUUUUGAUGCAUUAACAUACAGCUCUUGAAGACAAAUGACUCAGUAUGUUUUGUUUUGUCUCAGUCUUAGUAGACAUUUUAGGACAUAAAUGGCAUUUUAAAUUCAUAAUUGUGAAAAACCUAAUGUGACUUUUCUCUUAUUUGUCAUGGUGAUUUACAAUACAAUGUGUGUCAUUAUGUAAAUACAGUAUAGCAAUUGAUAAUGGGUUUUAUCCGUGCAAAGGUUUCUCACUUCUAAUGUAUUGAAAGAACAAGUUUGGGACCGUGACUAUAUUUUGGUUGACAGUCAGUAUAAUGAGAUUUUAUUUUGUAGCGUCUCUUAACUGUUCCUGUACUUUGUUCUGUGAACUGUGUGUUUUUAUCCAGUGGGUGGCGAUAUUGUGUUUUUUUUUUUACUCUGGGCCCGUAUUCACAAACA